CCAAUCACUGAAAGUCUGGGGUCGGCUCGGAAAAUCGUUGCGCGGGGCCAACUUGCGUCACUCAUCCAGAUCUCUCUCUAUUCAGCUUGCGCUCCAAGGCAGCACUUUCACUUGGUUUGAAGAACAGCACAGCCAGUUCCUCGCUAGGUAUCUUUGACAUCCCUUGCGAUAUCUCGACCUGGUCUUCUUUUUGCGAUAACACUCUUCAAAAGACCGUCAGCCAGCACCAUGUUCCGACCAGAUUACUGGGGAGAUGACCCCAUGGAAGGAGUCUUAGGCUCUUCGAUACUGCGUCAUGCAACUACACGUCGCUUUGAUGAGUACUAUCGGUGCUAUCCUGUUGCGAUGUUGCCCGGUCCAGAGAGAGAGAAUGUGAACCAUGGUGGCAAGGUCAUCAUGCCUCCUAGUGCACUCGAUAAGCUCACUCGGCUUCACAUCACCUACCCGAUGCUAUUUGAGCUGCUGAACGGUGCAAAGGACCGCAUGACCCAUGCCGGUGUGCUCGAGUUCAUCGCCGAAGAGGGGAAGAUUUAUCUACCGUUCUGGCUCAUGCAAACCCUGCUCCUCGAGCCUGGCGAUCUCGUUCAAGUCAAGUCGACAGACCUCCCUCCUGGCCAGUUCAUUAAGCUUCAAGCCCAGUCCACCUCCUUUCUUGAUAUCAGCGAUCCUAAAGCCGUGUUGGAAAAUGCUUUCCGCAACUUCUCCUGCCUCACAAAGGGAGAUGUCUUUACGUUUGGCUAUAAUGACCAGGUGUAUGAAAUGGCUGUUCUAGAAACUAAGCCCACCAAUGCAAAGAGCGCCAUCUCUGUUCUGGAAACAGAUCUCGAGGUUGAUUUCGCCGCACCAGUGGGAUAUGAGGAACCUCAGCGAACAAGUGGGACUAGUACGCCUCGAAGCGCUCCCGGUGCCUUAAUCCCUUCUGGAGGUUUACUCCAUGCUCAUGGCACGAUGGCGCAGGCGAUCAAUUAUGCAGCUAUUGCGCCCGAAUCAGAUGAUGUUGCCAAAGGUGCCAGAGCGGUGUCCUCCAACUUUCUCACCACAGGUCAGCGUCUGAGCGCCAAAAAGGGCAGCAAGGCACCUACGCCGAAACCAAGUACUCCAGCUCCCGGCGCAACAAACCCCCAGCAUCCACCACCAGCAAGAAAGACAAAUGGACCACAGCCUCUCCGUCUCCCGCCAAAUCAACUAUUUUUCGGAUAUGCGAUCAAACCAGUGAAGAAGCGCGACGAAAAUGGCCGUACUGUCGAAGACCAAGACCAGCCCCGAUUCCAAGGCACAGGUCAAACUUUGCGUGGAAAGAAGAAGGACCUUGGAGGAUCCGCAACACCUACGUCGGGCAGUGAAGCUGAAAACCAAAAGAGCAAGGACCCCGACUCCAAGUCUGGUGGACGUACGCUAGGGCGCUCCUCUCGACGCUAAUCGCAGGCUAGCUUGACGAAGAUAGUGCCGUUGAUGGCGCGAGAAUGACCACCUUUCUUAUUUCCUUACAAAUGGGGCUUCACGCCCCUGCUCACGGGCAUAGCGAGGGUAGAAUGGCGUUAUCGGUGGUUUUUUUUUUCUCUUUAGGUUUUCUCUGGAGUUCUUGGGCUCUGUUUCCGAUUCGAAAUGAAGAUCAACCGUUCUACCAGACAAUUCGAAUGGCACCCG